AUGGCUUAUAAUGAAGAAGAUAGUAAAAAGUUGUCAGAAAAGUAUAAGAAAGAGGGACAUUUUGACAAGCUGAAAAGAGAAAUAUUAUCCAAUCCAUGGGAUAGUACAGAAAAGAAUAGUGAAUCAUUUGAGCAAGUGCUUCGGGAAAGAGUUGCCAGUACCGUAAAAGAAAUGGUUAACGAAGACGAAGAAUUAAUAUUUAAAAAUCGAGGGCUGACCAGUGCUUUGAUUGAAUCACAGUUGGUCAAAGACAAGUACUCAAAAUUGAGUAGUAAAAUAGAUAUGGAUAAUGGUGAUGCUACGAAGAGGUUUGAAUUAGACGAGUAUGUACACUCCAAGUUACAGGAUCCCAAACUAUUGGAAAUGAUAAAGGGACAACUUCAGGAAACGUUGGACUCUUAUGAAGAGGAAACAAUUGGACAUACGUAA